CCGCGCUGAAGCCCCCGACCACGCGCGCUGGCCCGUACGGCCCCGGGAUCGCCGCCGCUCCGACCAUGCUGGCCUGCCUGCAGCGGACCCAGAACCCUCCCGCCCAGCGCCUCGCCUGCCCCAGCAAGGCCCUGGACCCCUGCAAGGGCGAGCCGGCGGGGUCGGCGGCGUCCAUGCCGUCCCCACGCUACCCGAGCCCGGCGGAGCUGGACGCCUACGCGCAGCGAGUGGCCCGCAGCCCGCUCAGCGUCAAGAUCUUCCCCAGCCACGUCCGCGUGCCCCAGCACAAGCACCUGAGCCGCACCGUCAACGGCUACGACACGGCCGGCGCCCGCUACAGCCCCUACCCGCCGCCGCCCGCCGGGGCCUACCAGGGCCUGCUGGCCGUCGUACAGGCCGCCACCGCCGCCUCCUCCUCCUCCUCCUCCGCCCCCACGGGCAGCAAGGGCGCGGGCCCCAAGGGCCCGCUCAAGAGCGCGGAGGGCAGACGGACUAAGCUGUCGCCCGGCAGCCUGGCGGCGGGCACGGCCGCCCCCUACCCCGCGCCCAGCACUUUAGGGCCGGCGAGCGCCCGCGGGCUGGCCCUGCCCCCGGCGGGCCUGCCCUCCGUCCACAGCAUCAUCUACCAGCUGAACCGGCAGUUCCAGCCGCCCGCCGGCCCCCACCCCAGCCCGGCCCCGCGGGGCUCCGGGGCCUUCCCGGGGGCCGGGGGCUACGCCGGGGCGGCGGCCGUGCUGCCCGACCGUCGCCAGGGAGCCGAGCUGGGCGCGGGGGCCGCCCCGGCCCUGACGCUGGCGCCCAAGCCCGCCGCGGGCUACCCGGACGGUGGCGGCGGUGCCCCCGGGGCCGGCCUGGACUACCUCCUCUGGCAGCAGCAGCAGCAGCAGCUGCGGUUGUUCAGCGGGGGCAGCAGCGGCGGCGGGGCGGCCGUGAGCCGGUCGCCCGAGGCCUGCGCCGGGCCCGGGGGGGUGGCCCUGGGGCGGCCCGGGGCCGGCGAGCGGGUCAGCUGCUCGCCGCUGGACUGCGCGGGCGGGCCGGGCCCCUUCCCCGGGGCCCAGUUCUUCGGCCCAGCCUGGAACAGCAUCCUGGUGACCCCCGACAGCGACUGCUACCCGCCGGAGCCGGGGCCGCCCGGCCCGCCGGCCCCCGGCCUGCCCAGCCUGCCCAGCCGGACGGGCUGCAACGCGUCGGCCCUGAGCAGCAGCCUGCAGUCCUUGGAGUACCUCAUCAACGACAUCCACCCGCCCUGCAUCAAGGAGCAGAUGCUGGGCAAGGGCUACGAGACCGUGGCCGUGCCCCGCCUCCUGGACCAUCAGCAUGCCCACAUCCGCCUGCCCGUCUACAGAUAGGGCCCCGCCGGGGACCCCCGCCCACCCUUCUCCCGCCCGGCCCCUCCCGCCGGGAAGAGCGGCGGAGGGCACCCGGCCGGGUCGGACCGGAUGCCCGAAAUCCCCGUGGAGGGCACGGGGUGGCCGUGGGAGGGGGCGGAAAGCUUGGAAACGCGUGCGUGUUGCUGAGAACCUCAGCAGGGAAUUGUGACCAGUUGCUGCUAUCUUGCAGGGGGGGAGCGCGAGCACGUGUGUGUGCGGGCGUGCGUGUGUGCGGGCGUGUGUGCGAGUGUAUGUGUACGCAGGGGUGCCUAGGGACCCGCCGGAGCCGGGUGCGCGAAUCCCUCCCCGGACCAGGGCCCCGGCGGAUGCCAGAGGAAGAGAGAUCCCUAGCUGCAGCCCAAAAUCGCCCCCCGAAAGAAGAGCCCACCUGCUCCCCACGCAUCUCCACCCCUCUCCGGGGCCGACAGGCGGAUGGACGGACGGACAGACGGACGGCAACUGCGUCCUUAAGAGAACUGGUCCCCGGGAGAAAAAAAAGAGUGAGAGAGAGCGAGCGAGAGAGAGAAUAAGUGAGAGAGUGAAGGAGGAGAAAGAGGGAGAAAUAGAAACCACUUGAAAACUUGAA